AUGAAUGGAGAGAUUCCCGAGCCAGAAAACAUAAGCCUGACCUCUAGGGAAUUCCUAGACGAACUUAGAGGCAGGUAUAAAAAGGAAGUCGCAAGAGAACACAACCGAACCAUCUUCGGUGAAAAUCCUCAGAAAUACAGAAAAAUGGGACUUAACGAGUAUCUAGAAAAAGACAAUGAAACCCAAGAAGAAAUUGUUAUUCCCAAAAUGAAUGGAAAUGAACUGGCCAGCCUAGCCCAGGAGGCAAAUGUCUCUAUAAAAGUAGAUAAACUUAACAGGGACCCGGGGAUAAUAGUGCUUUUGGUCGAGGGAACACUUACCGCCAUAAAAUCCUUUAAGAUAAGGAUGGAGCAAAUCCACAAUAAGCUUCCUGGAGACAUCUAUGUUGAUGGAGAAGCUAAAGUUUUGGACAUUCCUUCUGGCCGAGAAGACUUGGUAAUAGGGAAAAAUGGAGUGAAUGUAUACAAGCUUCAGAAAGAUUUUAAAGUUAUUGCAAGAGUGAUUGAUGGAGCGAACAGUGGGCUGAAGGCUCUUUUAAUCUCGGGAAAUGAUAAGGAUCGGGUGCAAGAAGCAUGUAACUAUGUCAUAGAUUUGAUUUACAGAGAUUUCAAUUGA